CAAAUUAAAGAAGCAACCACCUUAAGAAAAAAAUAAUUAUAAUUAAAAAGUUGAAAGAUAAAAACAGACAAAUUAAAUAAUUUUCCUACACAUGAUUAGAAGCAUGUUCCUCUAAUUUUAUGGAGUGGAACUCUACUUUUAAUUUUUUUUUUUUUUUGGACAUAUCUCUUUUUUACUUUAAUUUCGUACAUAGCACCCAAAUUAGUCUAUGUUCAUUUUUUUGCUACUUAUAUAUAGUGUUGUAAUUUAGAAAGCAAACUCAUUAUUAUAUUCUUCUUUUAAAAAAAAAAUGGAGUGGAGGAAGAGUUAUUUGGAUGUAAUAUUGGUGCCAUUAGGGUUUGUAAUAUGCAUGGGAUAUCAUAUUUGGUUAUGGCAUAAGGUUAAAAAUCAACCUCUAACAACAAUUAUUGGUACUAAUGCCAAUGGAAGACGUUUGUGGGUUGAAGCCAUCAUGAAGGAUAAUGAGAAGAAAAACAUCUUAGCUGUCCAAACACUAAGAAACACAAUAAUGGGAGCAACCUUAAUGGCUACAACAUCAAUCCUUUUAUGUUCUGGUCUUGCAGCUGUAAUAAGCAGCACUUAUAGUGUUAAACAACCACUAAAUGAUGCAAUUUAUGGUGCACAUGGUGAAUUCAUAGUGGCACUAAAAUAUGUUACACUUUUACUAAUCUUUCUAUUCUCAUUUCUGUGUCACACAUUGUCAAUUAGGUUUAUUAACCAAGUCAAUUUCUUAAUCAAUUGUCCACAAGACAAUUUGGGAAUUGUGAGUCCAGAGUAUGUGUCUGAGUUGUUAGAAAAAGGAUUUGGUUUGAACACUGUGGGGAAUAGGUUGUUUUAUGCAGCUUUGCCACUUUUACUUUGGAUAUUUGGUCCUGUUUUAGUGUUCUUGUGUUUUAUUACUAUGGUACCUAUGUUUUAUAAUCUUGAUUUUGUGUGUUGUAAUCAAGAAAAAGGGAAAAUAGAGUACACUUGUGAGAAUGGGAGUGAUCAAUUUGUGGGUGUGUAAGAAAUGUAUCAUAUACUAUAUGUAUUAUUAUUAUUAUUAUCAAUAUAUAAAUAUAUAAUUGAACUUUAUCCAUUU